AGUUCUUGUUGACUACCAUGCGUUAUAACUAGGUGCUGGAUUUUAUUUAAAUGCUACACAAGAGAAAUGGAAGAAUUGGCGCAUGUAUGAUUAUAUUGUCAAGGAAUUGCCAAAACUUCUGAGUGAAAAUUUUCAGCAGCUUGAUACAUCACGAGCAUCCAUAUCUGGGCAUUCAAUGGGUGGACAUGGAGCUUUGACAAUCUACCUCAAAAACCUUGACAAAUAUAAGUCAGUGUCUGCUUUUGCACCAAUUGUGAACCCUAUAAACUGCCCCUGGGGUCAGAAAGCUUUCACAAACUAUUUGGGUGGUAAUAAAUCUGAUUGGGAGGAUUACGAUGCAACUUGCUUGAUUUCAAAGCACAACAAUGUUUCAGCCACUAUUCUAAUUGAUCAGGUAAAAGCAUGAGAAUUUUAAUUUUAGUGAUUUGAUUCCACAACAAUG